AUGCUGCGAGUCGCACGUUGCGUACUGUCACCUAUCCCCGCUUUGCGCCUGCCCCAUCGCGCAUCCAAACCUCUUCGCCUUCGUUCAUUGACUUCCUCCUCCUCUGCAGCUCAUUGGUUACACACAUCCACCUCGUCUCGAACGGAUUGCGACAAUGUAACCCCCAGCGUACCCCACUCCCGGACCUUCUCGGUAGCAAGUGCUACCAAAGACGAGACUGCAACACCACAAUCGGUUACGUGGCCGCCAGACUUGGCCAAGCGCGUGCAUCGUCGCAUGCGCAAUUUCCCACGCAAUUACGAGGUCAAAGCGCUGGUCGUGGAGGCGGGACUGAACGCCGCUGAGUGGACGCUGGCUGCCUCGACGUUUCGUAAGUCGUUUCUUUCGAGUCCGUCCCAGUACUUUGAAGACCAAGCGGAACUACUGGCAUUUGUACGGGACCUGGACGACGUCAAGCGGCACAAUUCGUUUAUUUUUUAUCCUUUUUUUCUCGACUUUGCCAAGGCCAGUCGUUACUUGCCAACUGAUGAGGAUGAUGCAAAUGCAUUGUCGCUCCAGCAACUCACGGAUUUGCGCCUGCCACAUGAGAUGUACCCAUUUGCAACAGCAAUGAAGCGGAAGAUUGUGUACCAUGAAGGACCAACAAAUAGUGGCAAGACGUACGAAGCUCUCGAGAGAUUGAAACAAGCUGGAGAAGACGGCGGUAUUUAUUGUGGUCCGUUGCGUCUGUUGGCUUUGGAAAUCUAUGAACGUAUGAACAGCGACGGGCUUUAUACGUCACUUGUGACUGGACAGGAGAAGAAAAUCAUGCCGCACUCGACGCACGUGUCGUGUACUGUGGAGAUGGCAAACAUUAACAGGCCUUGGGAUGUCGCUGUAAUUGAUGAGAUUCAGUUGAUUGGAGAUCCGCAACGAGGGUGGGCGUGGACGCGUGCUCUUUUUGGACUGCAAGCAAAAGAGAUCCACGUGUGUGGAUCAGGUGAAGCGGUGCACCUCGUCAAGAAGUUUGCGGAGACUUCAGGAGACGAGUUUGAGCUACGUUCGUAUGAGCGCCGUUCACCAUUAGAGAUUUCGUCAACUCAUUUGAACAAUUACAGCGAGAUUCGUCCAGGAGACUGUGUUGUGGCGUUCUCCCGUCGCGAUAUCUUUCAGAUCAAGCGUGACAUUGAAAUGAAGACCGGGGAAAAGUGCUGCAUCAUUUAUGGCCAGCUCCCCCCUGAGACCCGAUCGCAACAGGCCCGGUUGUUCAAUGAACGCGAUAAUGACUACAACAUUCUAGUUGCUUCUGACGCCAUUGGAAUGGGACUGAACUUGAAUAUCAAGCGCAUUGUAUUCGCAACCGUGAAGAAGUGGUCGGGCAACAGUGGCGGCAUGAUCGACAUUCCUCCUUCUUUGGCUAAACAGAUUGCUGGACGAGCAGGUCGGUACGGCAGUGACUAUGCUUCUGGUGUGGCGACGUGUCUGCUUAAAGAAGACUUGGAGUAUUUGAAAGAGUCGUACGAUGAAGUGCCGACGCCGCUCACGUCUGCGGGUUUGUUUCCGUCUUCCGAUCAGAUGGAAGAGUUUGCCAAGCAGUUGCCAGGAAUCGGAGAUCUUGCUGACCUUGUGGACAAGUACGUGAUGUUGGCGCGUCUAGACGGUGACUACUUUAUGUGCAACCAUCAGGAUAUGAAAAAUGCUGCGACACUGCUGCGCGACGCCGAGUUAUCACUAUCCGACCGGUUUACGUUUUGUAUGGCUCCUGUGAGCCUACGGAACCCUUUGGCUCGCAAGGUUUUCCUCGAGUACGCCCGUGCUCACUCGUUGGGUCAAAGUGUCAAGCUGGAUAUCUACUUACCAAAGUAUCCACCUCGCACUGCUGAAGCGCUGGGUGACGUCGAGAUUAAGGCAAAGAUCAUUGAUCUUUACUUGUGGUUGUCUUUCCGCUUCAGCAACACUUUUGCUGAAAACGAUUUGGCGAUGGAGUUAAAGACACGCGUGCUGGAGCUUGUCGAACAGGGGCUUGUGAACACUACAUACAAUCGCGAUGAGAUAAAAACGCGGUGGUCUCCUGGUGCCACCAACGCUCCUCGACGCGGUCAGUUCGACAGGUCCCGGUUUCAAAAACAGAAAAACGGUGGCCGUGACAAUCAACGGAAAAGCUGGAGAAACGACAAGCUAGAAGGACGUGAACAAGAGUCAACAGCAUUUGGGCAGAUAGCAGAUGCAAACUCUGACAACGGAACGACUGUACUCAGUGUUCAAGGUAGUAGUGAUGACGCUGAUGUUGUCAAAAAGUCGUGGUUCGCACGGAUAUUCGGCAGCUAG